AUGGCUGACACCUCCAAGUUGCAUCCUGCGACUACUGUCACCAAUAUCAAAUCAUGCAUCCCUAUUGUGCUUGACUAUGAAGGAAGCCAAUACAAUAAAUGGGCUACCCUCUUCAAGCUCCGUUGUCGUGCAAACUUGGUCAUUAACCACAUCCUACCUCCUGCCUCCCCCACCGUGCCACCACCGGCAACUGCAGCCAAAAUAAUUGCUGCUAAGGACAACAAAUCGGCUAGGGCUCUUGCUCUUGAUGCAAAAUUCACCAACACAAAAUUGGUGGAUUUUCCGAAUGUGAAAGCAUACUGUACCAGGCUGAAAGUUCUUGCAGACAAUCUCGCCAACGUCGGUCACAAAGUUUCCAACGAACGACUUGUGCUUCGUCUUCUGCGAGGAUUGUCGGAGGAAUAUAAGACAUUUCGCACGACGGUGCAGCACCGUACUCCUCUCCCAUCUUUUGAUGUUUUCCGGUCGAUGCUUGAGCUUGAGGAGGAUAGCCAUGCCGAGGACGUCAUUCACGACUUCGACUCGAAUGCUGCUCUUGUUUCCCACAAUGUUACUCCUCAGAAUUUCUCAGGAAAUGGAUAG